AUGCCAUUCAAGAGCAUUGUUCGUGAGCUGAAGGAGAUUAAAGAUGGGGUUGGGAGUAGGUCUGGUCGAGUGGUUGAAGGAAAGCGGUGGAGAGGCAGGGCAAGAUCACACAUAGCUCCUGAUGAAACUUCAAUGGUUAAAUCAGAAGAAUCCAUUGAGCAAGGCCAGUGGGCCAACUUGCCCUCUGAAUUGCUUUUGGAUAUCAUCCAGAGGGUGGAAGAGACUGAGACUUCAUGGCCUGCUCGUGCUGUGGUCGUUCAUUGUGCUUCAGUUUGUAAGUCAUGGAGAGAAGUUACAAGGGAAGUUGUGAAAACUCCUCAACAGUGCGGGAGACUUACAUUCCCUAUUUCAUUGAAACAGCCGGGUCCUCGUGAGUCUCCCAUACAGUGCUACAUCAGAAGGGAUCCUAUGACCUCCACGUUUCUGUUGUAUUCAGGAUUGAUGCCUUCUGAGGGCCAGAAGGAUAAAUUGCUGUUAGCAGCAAAGAGAAUCAGAAGGACAACUUGCACGGAUUUCAUUAUAUCUCUGGUUGCAAAUGAUUUUUCUCGCUCCAGCAACAACUACAUUGGGAGACUCAGGUCAAACUUUUUGGGGACUAAGUUCACCAUAUCGGAAAGGCAAUCUUCACACGAAGCUCCAACUCAAUCCGUCAGGCGGACAAGCCGCAGCAGAUUUCAUUCCAGACAACCAUCUACUCGAACACCCAGCUCUAGCUACAGAAUAGGCACAGUAAACUAUGAGCUGAACGUCCUCCGCACAAGAGGGCCGAGAAGAAUGCACUGUGUCAUGAACUCUAUCCCUGUCUCUUCGAUGGAGGAAGGUGGCAGUGCCCCAACAGCAGCAUCACUGCCAGAGACAACAGCCGAUGGACAUCAGUUCUAUCCUUCACCAGUCUUCAAAGGAAGGGGGGGAGGACCAGGUUCCGACGUCAGUUCCACCAACAGUCCAUCAGAGUCUCCCUUGGUAAUCCCUGGCUCAAUAGGAGAGCCCUUGGUCCUAAAAAAUAGGGCUCCCAGGUGGCACGAGCAGCUUCAGUGUUGGUGCUUGAACUUCAGGGGGCGAGUUACAGUUGCUUCCGUGAAGAAUUUCCAACUCGUUGCUGCUUUUGAGCCCCACCACCAGAAUGUGUCAGCUGAAGAACACGAUCGGGUCCUUUUACAAUUCGGGAAGAUUGGAAAAGACAUAUUCACCAUGGACUAUAGCUACCCGCUCUCUGCUUUUCAAGCCUUCACACUCUGCCUCAGCAGCUUUGACACCAAACCAGCCUGUGAAUGA